AUGAACAAAAUAUGGAAUAUCACUUUUUGUCUUCUCUUCCAUUAUUUGUGUAUAAUUAAAAACAAUGUGUCGACUAAUGAUAUUACGAAGGAAGAUAAACAUAAUUUAAGACAUCGUUUAGGAAUUGAUAAUUUUAAUAUAAAAGCAGAAAACAAUACAUGUGAAAGGGAAAAUGGUAAAAAAGGAAGUGAAGCUUCUGAAAAAGAAACAAAGGAAAAAAAUUCUUCAAAUAGUGAUGAAUCAUCUAUUAAUGAUAAUGAUAAUACCUUACCAAGUGAAGAACAAAUGGAUACAAAUUUAGAUAUACGAGAUAAAACACAUAAUGAAAAAUUAAAUGAAUCAUCUAUUACAAAAGAAAGAACUGAAGAAAAUAAUUCUUAUGAUGAUGAUGAUAAUAUUAUAGAAUGUCGUUAUCCUGAAGAACUUGUGGGUGAAAAGGAAAAUCGUCAAAAUUCUUUUGAUUUACGAUCUAAUACACUUUUAAGAGAUAUACUAAUUACACCUAAGUGUGAUAAUCCUCAUAGUGAUUAUUCUAAUCAUGAUGGAAUAAUAGAGAAACAUGAAACUUCAAAAAUAACUUCCCUUAAUGCUCCUCCAAGUUCUAAAUGUGAUAAGAAAGAUGUUUCUAUAGAUGCUGUAAGUGAAGAUGAAGAUCCUUCUGAGUCAUCAAGUGAUUCAUUACAAGUAGACAAUAAUAAUAGUACUCAUUUGGAUGGACAUGAAAGUAAUUCUGGAUCUUUGCAAUUAACAUACGAGGGACACCAUGAUGGAAAUGAUGGAAAUGAUGGAGUACAUGGAGCAACAGAAGAUAGAAAAAAAGCAAGACCAGAUAAAAUAAAAGAACUUAAUCAAGAAUGUGUGGAAUGUCUUCAUGAUAUAACAAUGGAUAAGGUUGAGCGACCUGAAAAAAAUGCAGAAUCUGAUGAUGGUGACGAAACAGAUGAAGUAACUUAUGAUGAAAAUGAUGAUUCCAGUUUUGCUAAUAAAGCAGAACAUGAAACAAAUGAUAAUCACGAUUACUCCUUAUCAACUAUUUAUAUUUUGAAUGGACACUCUGAUGAAAAAAAAAGUAACAUGAAAAAUAUUGGUUUAAAUAAUUUUAAAGAUAUUUCAAUACCUACAAUGGAGGAAGAAAAGAGUGUAUCCAAAAUGGAGGAUGUAAAAGAAGAAGAAAAUAAUUAUUAUAAAUAUAAAAAAAAUAUAUUAAAGGGAACGAAAAAAGAGAGUGGAAAAGUAUAUGAUCUAUAUGAUUAUAUAUUAGAUUGGGUAUUUGGUCCUAUGAAAAUUACCGAAACAAAUAUUUCUAAAGAAAAUGAUUCUUUAGAAUUAAAACAAAAGAAGUCAUGGGAUGGAACUAAUAUAUUUAGUGAAAAUGAAAAUUUGAAUGAAGAUACAGAAGAAGACGACGACGAAGAAGAAGAUAUAAAUUAUGUUGAACAAUUAAACGAGAUUCAAGGUGAAAUACCGGAAGACGAAGAUGAAGAGGAAAAUGAAGAAAAUAUUGAAGAAGAGGAGGAUUUGGAUCACCACAAAAUGUUGAAUGAAAGCAAAAUACAUGAUAUAGAAAAAAAAAAUAAAAAUGUAGAAAAAAAUAUUAUAAGAAAAGAUAUAAAAACAACUAAAUAUACAGUUAUGCACCUUGAAAAAUAUAAUAAUAUUAAGAAAGAAGCUGAAAAUUUUUUUAAAACUAUAAUAUAUUUAUUUAGUGAUAAUAACUUAUAG